UUUGAUUUUGUAUUCAUCCAUUCUUCAUUAAAAUACUUGCAUAAACAUUUACAAUCCUGUUAUAACGUAUUGUUUGUUACGUCUCAGGAUGAACAAAAGGGCCUGGAUAAAAAAACAACGGAGGUGCAGGGUAUGUCCGUAUGUCACGAGGAUACCUGCAGCAAGCAAAUGAUUCCGGUCCAGAUUACACAUGAGUCUCGACCACGCACCACUGAGGAAUUAUUCAAGUGUAGAAAGUAUUCAAGCAUACAAUCAAGUGUUCCGAAAUACAACCGAGUUCAGGAUAGAUACAGUGUUCGAACGUGCCCUAAAAAUUUACGCGAAGAAAUCAGGAAAAGUCGUAGUAAAAAAGGAACAACCGAGGACAAAGAGAUAAAAGAUAAAAGACAUUCGAAGUCUGCGAAUAAUGUAAAAACUGAUAACCGACGAAUGACUGGCAAUGUGAAUAUCUAUAUUUGUUCAGAGGCCACGGAAAAUACUCAAGUGAGCAAAAAGGAAAAGAAGGUUCAACAAUCGAGUUCGGAAACAACAACGACGGAGCGGUCGAAAAUUUCGUCGAGUAAACUUGUGACUCGUAUCAAAAACAGACGCAGGAAACAACGCGCUAAAGAAUUAAGUUCGUUCGAGUGUGUUUCGAAGAAAGAAGAGAGCAGCGACAAUAGUACAACCUGUAGUUACGUUACCAAAUAUACGGAAUCGAAAAGCGCUACGAGAGUAAGAAACGGCAGUUAUAUCGAUGUCUGCAACAAUCUCGAUAACGAUAUUUGCGUAAAAGAAACAGAAUCUACUUUGUCCGAUUGUGAGUGUCAGCACGCAAAUAUUAGCGAUACCAUCGUCGAGAUUAAUAAAUCAGAUCUAUCGUUCGAGAGAUCAAAAUUUGUUAUAUGCGAUAAAGUAGAAAAACCCUGUUCGACAAUCUAUCCUACAAAGAGUAUGUCGAACUCUGAGAGCGAGGAAUGGUCGUCGAAAUCGAUCUGUAGCAGUAGUCGAAACGCGGAUUACGUUCCAUGUGACACUUGGUCACUGGAACCUAAUUACCGUACCACCGACACUGAGAAAUCUAGGAAGCCUAAAAGAACCCUCGACCUGUGUAAAUAUCACAUCAAAGAUCGAGAAUCGAUUACUAGAUGCGUGCGAUGCAAUUGUAAGACUACAAAACAUUUCUCAAAAGUGGAGAAAGAGCCGUGGAUAGUUUGCAAUUGUAUAACAGAAGAAGAAGAGGGAGAAGUUUCUGUUAAACCUGAUACUGAUAGGGAGGAAGAGAAAAUAACUGUUUGUCGAAAACGCUCGGGAGAUGUGAAGUUAGAACCACGCACAAAAGAUAUCGAUCAUUUAAGAGACAGUAAAGAAGAAUUAGAGGACGUCGACUCUAAGGAUGCAAAAAUAUCAGAAGGAGAAGUAGAAGAGGACACAGAUAAAGCCAUGCAUGAAGACAACCAGGAAAAAUUAUCUACAACGCCGGAAACUAAAUUACUAGUACCUUUUGCUCCUCGAAGAUUGAUCAGACCUGAAACAAGGGUACUUCAAACCCUUUUGAGACAAGUACAAUCUGUGAAACCAGUUGCACCUCCAAAACAAGACGCACAGCCUAAGUCGAAGCCUGUUUCUCCAAAUAUUUUAAGAAAAUUCCAUUUACCUAAACAUUACACGCUGUUAGGACAAUCACUUGAAAAAGAAACGUCUAUCGAAGAAACUGGUAAAGAGGUAACAGAAAACAAAAAAGUAGAAAGUAAAGAGACAUCGGAAGAUAAAAACGAUAGUAAAGACAAAGAUACUAAGAAUUUUCCAGAGAGAGUGAGAGGGUCGUUUCUUUACAAAGGCUUGAAGAAGAUGAUAGGAAAAACUGAACAAUCCGUAACAAGAGCCGAGAAAUCGGGAGAAGGGGAAGACGAUGGGAUUAUUGAACCGAUAUCGGAUAAUACUAAUAUCGAUAUUCCUGAAAUAGAAGCCGACAAAUCUGAGUCCGUGGUAAAAUCUAACGAAAUAAAAGGAACAAAUAAAGAAAAAGAAAAAAAAUCGAAACUCUUUUCAUAUGUACCGAUGAUGAUUAAGAAAGAUAAAUCCGAGAAAAAUGUAGUUACUUCAGAAAAUUCAUCUAAAAAUGAAAGAAAAGAGAAUAAGAGUAGCAAUAAGACUGAUCCUGCUAAUCUUACGGAUCCCAUUGAUACAGCAGCUUCGAAUCCUACUGACGAUCUUACAGAAUCAACGAAAGAAGAAACGAAAACAAUUAAUACUAUUAAUAAAGAUGGAGUAAUUCCUGAUGCUAUUAAAGAGAAGCAAGAUAAAUCCAAGUUAGCUGUUGGUAAAAUUGCCUUACCUGAUCAGGAUCAACAUACCGAUGAUGUAUUGUCGGAAAAAGAAAAUGAAGAACCUCCGAAAACGCAUGAUCCUCAAGAGACAAAUAAAAAACGGGAACUUCACGAAUCAUUAAGAAAAUCACAAGUUAGGAAAGCAUCUAAUGUUGAAGAAGAAAGGUUGUCUGUGACUCGAAAACCACAAGUUAGGAAAGGAUCUGGUGUUGAAGAAAAAAAGUUGUCCGUGUCUCGAGAGCCUGCGAUACAAGAACAAAAACCAACUAAAAAUAUGUACUCCGAGGAAGAACCUGUUACGGCGUGCACGGAACCCUAUAAAUUACAGUCUCGUACAUACAUUAGUUCCAAGCCUAGUUCCAAGCCUUAUACGAUAUGUACUAAUUCUAAGUACGUGAAGCAGCCAACUAUUAACGAGAGCACUACUGUUCAAGAGAACACAUGUAAUUGUUGUUGUCCACCAACAACUCUUCGAAAUGUCACCGAGCCCAUAAGUCACCCGAAAAGCUGCUUGAAGAAGGAAAGGCAAUGUUGUCACUCUGAAUCUCAAGAGACCACUAGUUCGACUCCUUAUCACGACAAGAAAAACUGGGAAGGAUGUGGAUGCAGGAGAAUAAUAUCUUGCAACGGUUGUUGCAGACCGCGAAACGAAUGCAGUUGCAGACGGACAGUGAUCUGUACAGUAUGUUACAAACCAAAAAAUAAAUGCCACUGCAAAUCGAUGUACGAAACGAAGUCGAAUCAGAAAACUGACGGGUACAUGAAGUCAAUGUUUUGUCUUUAUUGUGACAAUCCUCGCGAUAAAUGCACGUGCAGAGCUCCGAUACGAAAGUGUUCCUGCUGCGAUUUGUCCGGGGACCUAUGCCUGUGCAAGGAUCAAAAGUCAAACUGCGAUGGAAGACCGGUACUGACGGAGCCUGAGAACAGCCGCACCAUGUAUGUCACUGCCUGGAAGCCCCGAGAGGAAGUGCGCCGUUACUUUUCCAGAAACUUGGCCGAUCUUCGCACUGAUUCUAUCAAUGAAUGCUGUUGCUGCGAGAAGCUUAAGCCACACAACUCCGAUGACCUUCCUUAUCAACGAUUAAGCGUCUUUUCUGACGUAAUGGACGAAUUGCAACAAAAGAUGAGCGAGUCUAUUUGUUGCGCGCGAUGUAAAAAGAUUCCGUGUUGUUGUAACGUUGUUGCUGAGAGAGAUGAGGGAAGGGAGGAUAGAAAAAUAAAAUAUUGCAUCAGCCCCAAAACGCGGCGAAAAAUUAUAGCAGUAUGCAUGGAAAAAUCAAGGAACAAUUGCAAGUGCGAAUCCAAUCAAACAAAAAGUGAUAAACAGAAGAAAAUAAUAGUAGCCCUCUGUUGUGCCUGUCAAGCGACACCUUGCCGGUGCAAGAAAUCGAAGUCGAAUCAAAAGAGACCAAAAGCAAAAUGUUACUACUGCAAAAACUCGCCGUGCAUCUGCAUCGCGGCCAGGGAGCGCAACAAACCGAGGCCAUGCAGGUGCACUGAUUCACCUUGUCGAGCGAAAGAGAAGGAAAGCCUACCGUGCGGAAAAACAUUUAUAAAACCAAAGAGCAACGACGAAAAGACAAUUUGUGUGCGUUAAUAUGACACUUGUUGUUGUUUGACUUAGAGCGCAAUUGUUUUUAAAACGAGAAUCAAAGCGUUUUGUCUUUUGGAGUUAUCCAAAAAUACACCCUCAUAACACAAUUCAUCGUCAGUAAUUGAAAAUUGUUAUUAAUGAUAAAAUGUAUAUGUCGUUCAAUAUAGACUAUGAUUACAAGU